AUGUUUCGGCAUUUAACCUUUUGUCAAACUUCUACAGCUAAAUCGCGUCUAUUGCACAUUUUAAGAACUUCUUUAAAACCAAAUCGGCCUUUGGUUGUUUCGCCUUUUCGAAGUCAAAGUAGCCUUUCAUACGUGGAAGGUACAAGGGAUAAGCCUCUUUUGGAAACAACCAUUGGGAAUUAUUUAGAUGAUAUUAUCUCAAAAUAUGGCGACCGUCAAGCAGUCGUUGUGAAACACGAAAAUAAUCUCCAUUGGAAUUAUCGUCAGUUUGGAGAGCAGAUUGAUGCUCUAGCUCGUGGUCUACAUAGUAGUGGGUUAAGGAGAGGGGAUCGUUUAGGUGUUUUCAUGCCAAAUAAUUCCGCUUGGAUUACUUUGCAAUACGCAACCAGUAGAAUCGGGGUUAUUCUGGUGACUAUCAAUCCCGCCUAUCGAGUACAUGAGUUAGAGCAGGCGCUCACUCUUGUUGGUGUAAAAUCACUUGCGCUCACCCCGCGUUUCAAAUCAUCACAUUAUAUAAAAAUGAUUCAAGAACUUGCACCAGAAUUGAAUUUCUGUGAACCGAAUUCCUUGGUAUCAGAGAAACUUCCGGAUCUUAAACAAAUCAUAGUCGUCGAUACACAUCGUCCCACAGAAAAUCUUGAAGGUGUCAAAGGAUUAAUGAGAUUUCAUGAGAUGUUUCAAUAUGACGUUUGGGGUAAUGAUCCGGUGAAAGAAAUAGGAAAAACAUUAUCAAAUAAUGACAUUAUAAAUAUCCAAUUCACUUCUGGAACCACCGGCGCACCAAAAGGUGCCUCUUUAUCACACCGAAACAUUCUGAAUAAUGCAGAGGCGGUCGCUGAGAAUAUGAAUUUUACACCGAAUGAUGUAUUAUGUGUUCCUGUCCCUCUCUAUCAUUGCUUCGGUGCUGUGUUAGCUAAUCUGGCAGCUUUGACAAAAGGAUCUUCUGUCGUGUAUCCAAGUGAAGGUUUUGAGGUCGAAGCAACUCUUCGUGCUAUCGAAGAGGAAAAAUGUACCGGAUUGCAUGGCGUGCCAACCAUGUUUAUUGAAGAGUUGAAUCAUCCAAAUUUUCGCAGUUUUAACUUAGCUAGCUUAAGGACCGGAAUAGCUGCUGGUUCCCCAAUGCCGAUCGAAGUCAUGAAAGAUGUCAUUGAGAAGAUGAAUCUCUCUGAAAUUACCAUCGCAUAUGGGAUGACGGAGACGUCACCAAUUUCCUUCCAAACUCAAAAGACUGAUCCAUUGCAUAAACGUGUUGAGACAGUCGGAAGAAUAUUACCACAUGUUCGUGCAAAGGUGGUUGAUCCACAGACGCAUGAAAUUUUGCCAUUGAAUACAGCCGGAGAAUUAUGCACAAGUGGUUACGUGGUUAUGGAGGGAGGUUAUUGGAAUAAUGUUGAGAAAACACGAGAGACUAUGAGUACUGAUGAGAAAGGAAUAAAAUGGAUGCAUACAGGUGAUACCGCAAUUAUUGAUGAAGAAGGCUAUUGCACUAUAGUAGGUCGCAUUAAAGAUCAAAUAAAUCGUGGUGGAGAGAAGAUAGCUCCACUCGAAGUAGAGAAUUUAAUUUUUGAACAUCCAGGUGUCUCGAAUAUCUCCGUAGUUGGUGUACCUGAUCCCGUAUUAGGUGAACGAAUUUGUGCGUGGAUAAUUCGAAAACAGGAUAGUGCUGUGACACAAGAAGAUAUUCAACAAUUUUGCAAGGGAAAAAUUGCUCAUUAUAAAAUACCGAGCGACGUAAUAUUUGUCGAUGAAUUUCCAAAGACUGUAACUGGGAAAAUUAAGAAGAAUGUGAUCCGUGAAAAAAGCAAGGAAAUUCUGGGGUUAUAA